UUCGUGGCUGGGCAAACGACCGCGCCGGCUCGUUUCUGUCUCGUGUCGACCCGGAUAGAAUACCGAAUGGGAUGAAAGAGGAGGGCCUCGUCUUAAUCAGCAGCCACAUGUAAUUAACCCCGACACUCGGGAUAUUUUUCGAUUCCGUCCCCGUUCGCACGUCGGCCACGCCCUACACCACAGACCGUCCACUAAUCGCGUGCCGUCCCAACGCCUCGCUGGCUUCCCCAUCCCCGACCGUCGUCCCCAAGACCGGCGCCGCCGCGAGGUCCCGUUAUGGAUCUGCUUCGGCGCGCCUACCGGCGCAUACCGGCCACCAUGGGCACUCCCCAUCUGCCCACCACGGGCGAAAAGCGGCCCCAGCUCAAUAGGCUGACCUCGCGACUGGCCUUUUUCCGACGGCCCCUCAGAUUAAAAGGCAACUCUAGCAUAUCCGUCCCGCUGGGCGUGGUGGUCAUGUUCCCAUGCAUUGUCGUCGUCCUCAUUCUAGUCUUGUUUGUUCGGCACCCCCGUUCUCCCGGACGGAUAUUAAUGCCCGCCGGCGCACCCCCGGCUAUUCGAAAAAUCAGCGAAGAACAUGACAAGGUCUUCGUCACGGGAUGUCUCGAGCCUGACACCUCGACGGAGCGCGUUAACGGUGCAUUCGUCGUCCUCGCUCGGAACAAGGAGUUGGAGGGUGUCAUUCAGUCUGUCAAGUCCAUUGAGCGACACUUCAACCGAUGGUACCACUACCCCUACGUCUUCUUAAACGAUGGGGACUUCAAUCAGACCUUCAAGGAUACUGUCCGCAACUACACGUCUGCCCCGGUCGAGUUUGGCAAGGUCGGCCCCGAUAUGUGGGGUUACCCUGACUGGAUCGAUCCCAAGGUCGCGAAGGAGGGUAUUGCCAAGCAGGGAGAUGCUGCUGUCAUGUACGGCGGUUUGGAGAGCUACCACGCCAUGUGCAGAUUCUACUCCGGCUUCUUCUACGAGCACCCCCUCCUAGCCAAGUACGAGUGGUACUGGCGCCUGGAGCCCGAGAUCAAGUACUUCUGCGACAUCACUUACGACCCCUUCCGGAGAAUGAUCGAGAACAAUAAGACUUACGGCUUCACAAUUGCGGUCAAAGAACUGCGUGAAACGGUCCCCAACAUCUUCCGCUACGCUUCGGCUUACAAGCGGAUAAACAAUAUUACGUCCCAGGGUCUCUGGGAGAUGUUCGUCGAGCCUAAGCCCGAGAAGCCGGCGCCUCCGGAGAACGAUCCGGACUACAAGCCGCCGUUGCCGGAAGAGAUCCUGCGUACCGACCCUGGACGCAUGAAUCUGCCCGAGAUCGACCCCGAGGCCAUGGCGGGCGAAAGUUAUAACAUGUGCCACUUCUGGUCCAAUUUCGAGAUCGCAAAACUCAGCUGGUUCCGCAGCAAGGAGUACAAGGCAUUUUUCGAGAUGAUGGACCGCAGUGGGGGCUUCUGGAUGGAACGGUGGGGUGAUGCUCCUAUUCAUUCCCUCGCCGCCGGCAUUCUCUUGGCCCCCCGCGAUAUCCACUACUUCCGUGACUUUGGAUAUCGGCAUACUACUAUCCAGCACUGCCCGGCGAAUGCUCCGGCCCGCCAGCUGCCGCGCGAACCUUUCCUCGAGAAGACGACGCUCGACGAGAGGAAGCGAAUCGAGGAAGACGAGUACUGGGACCAAUGGGACCCCGAAAAGGAGAACGGCGUCGGCUGCCGUUGCCGCUGCGACACCGACAUUGUGGACGUCGAAGGCAAGGAAGGUUCGUGCCUGGCCGAAUGGGUGGACGUGGCCGGCGGCUGGGCUAGCCCGUAAUUAUUGGCGAGGAGGACGAGGGGGCCCCUUAGCAACGUCAGCAGCAGAACUCAUGGUUAGGAUACUACCUUUGUGUCCUCUACGGCGCCUCUUUUUUUUCUUUCUUGCUGAGGCGCCGCUUAGGAUACACUAGGUACGGAAAUGAUGGGACGAAAUUUUUGUACAUGGAUUGGAUCUGCUACUCUUCCUCGCUUUACUCCGACUAGCCGGCGUUCAUAAAUGAUGCAGUCAAAUUAAUUGUUUCGGGGUAAGGGGCGAAGGGGGUAGAUUCGGCUUGUAUGUGCGCGUGUGUGUAUAUGUGUGUGGAGUAUUGCA